AACCUUAACUCCUUCUCUUUUCUCACCACAAAAUGUGCAAUAACUUUGUGAAUAAAGUCACCACAAUCUUCCCAAAUAUACCACCAGAACCGCCACAACUUCAACAAUUCGAAUAUACCAUUAGAACCGCAAUAUUCUCAACAAAUUCAUGCGCGCUGAGCAUGGUCUUGCCCUCACCAAGGAUAUCCCUCCGUUCUUUGCCUCUCUCUGGUUUGCCAAGGGCUCCUUGCACAAUCGCACUCAAAAGGAUCUCACAUCCUUCAUUCAACAAUUGCGUCAGUCGAUUCUCUCUCGUCCCAUCGAAGAAGCGACUUCUCUGCUUUAUCUCGCGAACCUCCCGCCUGCCGUCUACGCCCGUCUUCGCCUCCAUCCGGAAUUCGACACCAGUCGCACCAUCUCCGCCCUCGACAAGCUUGUCUCGCUUUCCUCGCGUGAGACCUUGGGCUCUGCUCACUCCGGUACUGACCGCUCUCUCAAUUCCGGCUCUUCCGGCCCUAUCGCGGCUGCGGCUUUCCGUCGUCCGGCCACCUCCGGUGGCCCGACAAACAACAAUCGCCAGUCCAACAAUCGCUGCUCUCAUUGCCAGCGCCAAGGUCAUGUUAUCUCUGCCUGUCGUCAGCGUGCAUGGGACCUUGUUCAAAAGUUGGGUGGUUAUGAUGCGGUUGUUAAGCUUUCUGAACAAGCUAAACCCGCUAUUGCUUUGAGUGUUACUUCUAGUGAUGAUAAUGGAACUAUUCUUGACUGCUAUCUGGACUCUGCUUCAACUCACCACGUAGUCAACACAAAAGAUUUUUUCACUUCCUUUGUCUCCUCGGCG